AUGUCUGUGAAGUUCUUUGCCACAAUCAACUGUGGCGGCCAUGUGAUUGGAAGUACAACUUUAACCAGUUACCAGUCCUUGUGGACCUCGCCUGUGGCUAGAGAUGACACGGAAAUAUUGGUCAAGGGCCCGAAGAUCUGGUCUCAGGAUUCAUUAGAGAAACUUGCUAAUAUCGCAGUAAUAGUGACCCUGUCCCGUGGGAAAUGCGGCCUCUCUAAAUGUAUCAGUUGCUACCUGGUUAGUAUGGCAGCCUCAGACCUACUUGUCGUCAUUACAGGAGUGAUACUGAAUACGAUUGUUGGCAUUUACUUCCCAGGUAGUUUCAUGUCCAUAACGCCAAUAUGCAGCAGCAAAAUCGUCCUUAUUUACGCCUCGAUGGACAUUUCCGUUUGGUUGACGGUUGCCUUCACAUUCGAUCGCUUUGUAGCAAUUUGUUGCGGCAAGCUGAAGACCAGGUACUGCACAAAGAAGGUGUCGGCCACCGUAGUUGGGGCAGUUUUCACGAUGGGUUGUUUGCUAAACAUCCUUUGGUACUUUAAAUUUGAACCGAUGCACGUUAUCAACGGUACACUGUGGUACUGUCACACAAAAGCCAGCUUUUACACCUCUCCAGUGUGGGUAAUAUAUUCUGCUUUUCAUUAUAUCGCAACCCCCUUCCUCCCUUUCUUUCUCAUCGUGUUACUCAACGUCCUGACUGUUAGAUUCAUUAUUGUGGCAAGUAAAGCACGCAAAGCACUCCGCCGACACAAUCACAAUGAUCCUGAAAUGGAGAACAGAAAAAGGUCCAUUGUUUUACUUUUCGCCAUUUCCGGCAGUUUUGUUCUCCUGUGGAUGAUAUUUAUCAUCCAUUUCCUCUAUUAUCGAAUCACAAACACGUUGGCAUACACGGGUUAUGAUGACCCCGUGUUCAUCUUGGAAGAGGCCGGCUACAUGCUCUUGCUCCUGAGUUGCUGCACAAACACUGGCAUUUAUGCAGCGACUCAGCAGAAGUUCAGAGAGGAGUUAAAAAAUUCACUGAAAUAUCCAUUCAAACAGAUCAUCACAUUUCUGAAUAAGCGGCAACCUUGCCAAUAUCGGUAA